CUAGAGCUUUCCUACCGACUCAAACCGUGCCGAUAUCAAAUCCUCCGUCGUUGAAUGAUGAAAGAGUUCCUGGAUCUGAAAUAGUCAUACCCUUUGGUAUGGGUCUACUAUUCUUAAGUGGUCUUUGUACAAUAUAUGUGAUCUUUCGAACUUUAUCUCGAUGGAAAACGAUUAAAAGAUCUUUACCAAUGGCAUUGAGAGUGCCAUUUUAUAUUUCUUUGUCAGGUAACGUUAUUAUUACGGGAUUCCCUUUAUUUCAAGGUAGACCUUGGCCAGAAGAUGAUUGCCGAUUAAUUGGUGGCGUAACAUUCUUCUUAGUAUCAUGUAACAUGAUCCUAGUAGGAUCAUUGGCCAUGUUGACAUUUUUAAGAAUAUGUAGAAAAUGGUACAUUGACUUGGGAAAAUGUGAUUAUAAGUUAUUUGCGUUUCUUAUAUCACUAUCUUUUGUCCUUUCUAUGGCUGGAAUUCCAAGUUUUGGUUCUAGGCAAAAAGCGACAAGAUUUGAUACUGCUACUUCGAAACAUAAAAGGGUUGAACCAAUUGUGGUUAGAAAGAUUAUUGGUUAUGUGCUUAUUUUCAUUAUUCAAUGGACACCUUCUAUGAUUUAUGUCUUUGGUCAAAUAAUUAAUUAUGAUGAAAUGUGGAUUUAUUUAGUGACUGAUGCGACUGUAAACUUAGGUGGUAUAGGCAACAUGAUACAAUAUAUAAUAAACGAAGGAUGGCGUAAUGAUCCAAAUGCCGACAUUAAUGAUGAUGAAUUAUCUGUUAUAGUAGUUAAUAAUCCUUCUACAGCCGAGUUGAAUUCUCCUUCCUCCGCUCCUACCAUAAGUUUACCUCUUCAUCAUUCAAAAAUAAAGGUUGAUGAAUUGAUCACUAUUAAAAUUGAUCCUAGACAACGUGCUAUUACUCCUGAUUCUCAGAGUGAUUAUUCUUCUUCUCCUACUAUAGCUCCAAGUAUUUCAAGUAAAGUUGAUAUUUUAAAAAACCAACGAAAAGAUGAU